UCCGUCGAUUGCUCCGUCGAUUGCUCCGUCGAUUGUUCCGCUAAAUGUCGACUUCCUCCGUCAACUCCUCCGUCGAUGCCUGCCCGUGUUUGGCGAUGCAGAAUGGCCGAGAGAACUCGCAACCCUAACGGAACUGUGGUAUGACUACCUUACCUAGACACUCACAAACGACAUCUUACGACAUAAACAUACACCCACAAAGUUUGCGAUUUCGAUCCCGCCGGCGUGGUAAUUGCCGACCGAAAUUGUCACCGCCACCCGCAGCAGAGCAGGUCUAUUUCAAUGGAUAUGACCCCAGCUUCAUCAUCGUCGCCAGUGACAGCGUUCGACCAGGCACAGGCACAGGCACAGGCACAAAGACCGGCAUCUUCUACCGAUGACCCGCCUAGUCUGACACCGACACAUGCUGACCACCCUGAGGCCGCACUAGAGGCAGAAUUGGUUGACCGCCGGCGCCACAAACUGCAGCUGUCAUGUACCUUCUGCCGGCGUCGCAAGAUACGAUGCGACCGUCAGCUUCCGUGCCAGACCUGUGUCAGCAAGGGAAUCGCCCUGUCCUGCACCUACAAGCCGGGUCCGCAGCGAAAGGGCACAGCCACGGCUACUGUAGGCGAGCGUAUCCGGGAGCUCGAGGCCCUAGUGCGCUCCUUGGUGCACCAGCAGCAGCAGGCCCCACAAACGCCCGCAGUAUCGCCUUUCACAGACCCCCCAACGCACUCCUUCGGGGGUGCGGACACGCCGCUGCAGGACGUAUCCGUGGGCACAAGCCCAACCCGAGGCCCCAGCAGCGGGGGAAUCACUCCGAUAUCUUCUGCCGACGACGACGCAGUCACAGGACGGCUAACUGCGUCCCCCCUCACCCGCGGUUCGUCCGUGCUUCCCAGCAAGCCCGCGCCCUCGGAGCACGGCAGCAUACCCCGGCGCAUGCACUCGCACGAUGUGAAAUACGUCAGCAGUGUUCACUGGGCUGCCGUCCUUGACAGCAUCUCUGAGCUCAAGGAUCACUACGAGAAGGAGAAGGAAGAGGAAGUGAGGACGCUGGCCAACGACGACUACAUGCCGCGCUACAGCCCUGGUCCUCGGCUGUUGUACGAACCUGUGCAGGCGACCAAAGCCGAAAUUCUGGCCUCGAUCCCGGCCCGGCCCGCGGUGGACCAUAUGGUGGGGCGAUACUUUAAUGCACAAGGCGUUGUGCCAGCGUUUCUUCACAGUGGCCAAUUUCUCCGAGAGUAUGAGAGCUUCUGGAAGGAUCCAGUUGCCGCGCCUUUGGCCUGGAUCGGCCUCUUGUUCAGCAUCAUGUGUGUCUCGACGCAAUACCAUCGGUUGGCCGAGGGCCCGACAGACCCUGAAGCGCUGAUGCGCGCCUACCUGUUCCGCGACCGCACUGUUCACUGUCUCGUCCUGGGCCAGUUCACCAGAGGGGGUCCGCAUGUGCUGGAGACCAUGAUCAACAAUAUUGGCAGCGAAGUAUUUCUGUCCAAGGACCCGGAUAUUGGGCUCUGGCUUCUGCUGGGUAUGGUGGUGCAGAUCGCCUUGAGCCUGGGCUAUCAUCGAGACCCCAGCAACCUUCCGAACAUGUCGCCAUUUACCGGCGAGAUGCGGCGGCGCGUAUGGGCAGCUGUCGUGCAGAUGGACCUGCGGCUUUCGAUCCAGAUGGGGCUGCCGCGCCUUCUCAAGUCGCAGCAGUGCGACACGGCCGAGCCCCGCAACCUGCUAGACUCGGACUUUGACGAGGCGACCGUCGAGCUGCCCCCGUCGCGGCCCGAGACCGAGGUGACACCGGUACUCUACGGCCUAGCCAAAAACAGGAUCGACAGCAUCAGUGGGCUGAUAGGUGAUCUUGUCGCUGACACCCGGGAACACCCGUACUCGGAGAUUCUAGAAUUGCACCGCAAGCUGCAAGAGGCCGAGGCCUCGCUGCCGCCCAUCUUCCGGUGGCAGCCCAUCAGCCAGUCGUUCAUGGUGCUGCCGCAGAUUGUCUUGUACCGUGUAUGGCUUCAACUCGCCGUGCAGCGGCUGGUGAUCUGGCUCCACCGCAAAUACCUCGCCCCGUCGUAUGCCCAGGAGCAGUACGAGCAUUCACGAAGUGCCUGCGUGCAGGCUGCAAUCAAGAUCCUCGAGUUCCAGCAACUGAUCGACGAGGAGACGCAGCCCGAUGGGCAGUUGUAUCCCGUACGCCGGAUGCAGUCCUCGAUGAUACAGUCCGUCUUCCUGCUGGGCAUGAGCGUGCUCUGCUACUACAUGCAGCUGGCAAAGACCUCGCCAGAUGUGCCGCUGGACCGAGAUACGGGCGCCAGGAUCCGUGGCUUGCUGCGAAACACAUAUCCAAUGUGGCUGCGCUCGAGCACCGUAUCGCGGGACGCUCGAGAGGCGGUCGAGCAUCUACGUCUCUUGCUCGGGCUGGGUCGGGGUCAACAAGAACAUGAAGAAGGCACACCGCUCGCACAGGAAGCCUCGCCUCAAUUCGCCUCUGUAUCUGUACCCCAGGACGCAGCCAUCUCGCUCGACCAGGCCUCUUGGGUCGCUUACCAAGAAUGCAUCGCAAAUUUCCCCGUGGCCUUUGAUGCCGACUUCAUUGCCUUGGACGUGCCCGAAACGUCUCCCGCGAUGGGCGCCUCCAUGACGGGCUCGCUGUUUGCGGACACGGCCGAGCUGGACACGGGGUGGAUGGCGCCAAGGCCUUUCUCCGGGGCGUGAGAGUCAACUUGAGGGCUGGCUGCCUGAUGAAUCACCCUUGAUGCGGAGGGAAGGAGGAGAGCCCAUCAUGUCCAAGCCGCCUUUUCGCAGAAACUCGGCGUUAUUCGGAAGGGAACCUUCUGCUACGCUAGAACAGAACUGGCAACCCCGAAGAGAGACAUGGUGCCACCCAUGCGAUGUCCUGAAAAGAAUGUUGACGCUGAUGCUCAGUGAAUCUCGCUCGAGGUUUCCCGUCUUUCCGACCUUCAGCUUCGGUGCUGCUGUGACCUCUGCAACCCCCAUUCGUCUUUUAAGCGUUCACCUGCUGCUUGUGUGUCAAAAUCUACCAAGUUACUAUCCUUUCCCCCAGAAGAACGGAUAUUCAUUCACCUUGGUUCAAGCCGAUCCGGACAUGCACCCUGGCCCUGGUUCCACCCUGCAGUAAUUAGAUUGUAAUUAAGAUUCAGACGCC